CUCUUCCUGCAGCAUGUCUUCCUCCUCUUCCUCCCCCUCUUCCUCCUCUUCCUCCCCUUCCUCCCUGGAGCUGCCCUACUUCUGUCCUCGCUGCGGGGACCAGCUCCGCUUCUCGUCUGUCCCGGAGCUCCGGGUCCACCUGGUCAGCCGACACACCUACGAGACGCUGCUGCUGCUGUCACAGGCUCGGGUUAGGAGCUCCAGGCCCGGUGUUCUCCUCCCACUCCCCGGCCCGACUAUAUCCCAAAAACAGAGCUCGUCCGUGGGCAUGGAGGCGCCCGGCCUGCCCCUCCCCCUGGGCCGCCUGGAGCUCGUCUCGUCGUCCGUCUCCGUCCAACUCCUCGGGGAGAUGUUCGGCCCUUUGGACCGCGCCCUCCCUCCGCAGGACCCCUGCACCGCUCUGGCCCUGCCCGGCUCCCUGGAGCCUUUCCUGGGGAAGAAACUCGGCGAGGUGGGGGUCCAGUUGGGGCUGGCCAUCGGGAUCGGGCUGGAGGAGAGGCUGGGGCUCGGCCUGGACCGCAAGCUCGCCCGCACCUUCGCCGAGGUGGAGGAGCGGGUGAACCGCCGCGUGGGUCGCCUGAAGGUGGAGCUGCAGCGGAGGGAGGCGGAGCUACAGCGGGAGCGGCGCGGGGGGGAGCGGCUCCGGACGGAGAAACAGGAAGUGGAGGAGAGGGCGGCGUACCUGGCCAGACAGGUGGGUGGAGUACCAGUUGGGAUGUUGGCGGUGUGA